CUCACCCCCACACCUUUUUUUUUUGUUUUUUUUGUUUUUUUUGUUUUGUUUAUUACAUACUACUAUAAUGACACACUUGGGCUCACCACAUGAUGCAUAUGACUUUAUUGAACAAAUUGGAGAUGGUUCUUUUGGAACAGUACAUAAAGCAAAGAACAAGAUUAGCCACAAGCUUGUUGCAGUCAAAGUCAUGAAGAAGAAAUAUAGCUGCAUUGAAGAAUGCCAAGGGCAAUUUGAACCCAAGUUGCUUGUAUUACUUCCAUCUCAUUUAAACAUUGUUCAACUCUACGAUAGUUUUCUCUCGCCCAAUUGCGAUUUAUCUUUUAUUAUGGAAUAUAUGGAUGGUGGCAACCUCUACCAGUUAAUGAGAGAGCGUCGACAUCAUUCACUUCCCUUUAACCACUGUGAAUUAAGAAACAUACUGCAUCAGAUAUUAUCAGCUGUAUCUCAUAUUCAUCAUCAUCAAGUAUUUCAUCGAGACAUGAAACCUGAGAAUUUAUUAUUGGAUUAUAAAACGGGACGACCCAUUAUCAAGUUAGCAGACUUUGGAUUAGCUCGAGAGUUAAAAAGUCGACCACCUUACACAGAAUAUGUGAGCACACGAUGGUACCGAGCGCCCGAGGUCUUGCUUCGAUCUACGGAAUAUUCAGCACCUGUGGAUUUAUGGGCAAUUGGAGCCAUUUUUGCCGAAUUGAUUACAUUAGAGCCUUUAUUUCCGGGUGAAUCUGAAAUUGAUCAGAUUUAUCGUAUUUGUGAAAUCCUGGGAAGUCCCGGGAAUAAACUUGGAAUUGAUGUGGGUCAAAAGCAAAAGUUGUCCCGGCAAGGAGAAAAACGGGCCAGUCCCGGUUUUGCUAGAAAGAAAGUCAAGGAGGUUCCCACCGUCACUACUGCCUCUACACUUUCUCUUGAAGACGGUGGUGGUGAAUGGAAAGAAGGUGUACGUUUAGCCUAUAAGAUUGGCUUCAAGUUCCCUCAGCUGGAGCCAAAACCGUUAGAGUCGGUGGUACCUAAUGCAACCGAGUCCAUGUUGGAUCUGAUUCGACACUUUUUAUUCUUUAACCCAAGCCAAAGAUGGUCUGCAGAUCAUGCACUGGGACAUGCCUUCUUUUCUGAAGUAGAUGAGCCUGUUCACCUUCCUACCUUUAUGGAACCCAUUACCCCACCUGAUAAAUAUGCUCAUUCGGUCAGUACCACACCUAACUGUAAGCCGCCCAUUACACCUUUGGACCUACUUACGACACCUCAAUCACCUUAUCAAGUCUGUCCCGACUGGAACACGGAUCGACCCGUAUCACGUUAUGGACGUCUCUGUUCUGCCAUCAAGGACGCACCCGAGACGACCACCGAAACAGGAUGGCAUGCCCAACAAUCAAGGCCGAUUUAUAGCUCACAUCAAAAGAUUCAUCCUGUCACGGAUCGUCCUAAUUCAAUAACAGCCACCGUCGCACCCAAACGUUACUCGGAUGAAUUUAUGGGACAUACCCAUCGACACCUUCAUCAUCAUCAUGAUCAUUUACUUCAUAAUCCAACAACACCGUUUAUGGAGCGUAUACCCCAUUAUGGUAGUCAAUUGGUGAAGUGGGCUCCACCCCGUUUACAUUAUCAUCAGCCUUCCAUUGUGGUAGAUCCCGAACUAUCACGACCCGAAAGUCGACGAUGCCGUAGUCCCGCACCUUUUUCAUCUCAACUGAUGAAGCAUAAAUAUACGACGACGACGCAUACAGCACAAUCCACCUAUCGUAAUUCGACCUCGCAUCGAUUUAAUUUGUGGGUACCUGAAACUGAGGAAGAGGAAGAGGAAGAAGAAGUUGCCGAACCAUUUGAUAGGUCUGUUUUCUUACCCAUGGCACUACAAUAAGU